AUUCGUUUUGGCGCCCAACAACACAUAAAGUUCCUCUCUCUCUCUCUCUCUCUCUCUGGUUUGAAUUUGCUGUGGUGGUGAUUUCGAGCAUAGCAUCUGUGAAUCAGAGACCUCUCUCUCUGGCAUGUGAUUUGAUCAAAUGGAGAAGUAUGAGAUUCUUGAGACAAUUGGACAUGGAAGCUUUGGUUGUGUUUACAAGGCCCAUAAACGUGACACCAAUGAAAUUGUUGCUUUGAAGAUGAUUUAUUCUAUUGAUGGAGACGAAGGUGUUCCUAGUUCAGUAAUCAGAGAAGUCUCAUAUCUGAAAGAGAUGGAUCAUAGCAAUAUCGUCAGGUUGCUAGAUGUAUUGGAUGAUGAUCAAAUUUUGUGUCUUGUUUUGGAAUAUAUGGACCUUGACCUGAAGAAAUUUAUGACCACUUCCGCAGAUAUUGCCAAGAAGAACCAAGUGAUAAAAAGUCUUAUGCAUCAGCUUCUUGACGGUCUUGCCUAUUGUCAUUCUCAAAAACUUCUCCACCGUGAUUUGAAGCCUCAGAAUUUGCUGAUAGAUUGUAGCAAGCACAUACUUAAGCUAGCAGACUUUGGAUCAGCCAGGGAAAUUGGUGUUCCUCUUCAGACAUAUACUGAAGGGGAAAAGGUUGCAAGUCUAUGGUACAAGGCACCUGAACUCUUACUUGGCGGCCAAAAAUACUCUACUCCAGUUGACAUUUGGUCUGCAGGUUGUGUAUUUGCUGAGCUGGUGAUCCAACAGCCUCUUUUUGAUGGAGCUACUGACUUUGUUCAAGUGAACAAAGUUUUCAGCAUUAUGGGAAAACCAAAUGAGGAAACCUGGCCUGGAGUGACUUCAAUAUGUGAUUUUCUAGAUUCUUUUGCAAGUAGUGAACCUCAGAAUCUGGCUGAAGUAGUCCUGGGUCUUGAACCAGCCGGACUUGAUCUUCUCUCCAAAAUGCUUUGCAUGAAUCCGGAAGGAAGAAUUACAGCUUCUGAAGCACUGAGGCACCCCUACUUUGAUGACAUUGAGAAUCCUUGAUUCAAAAAUAGUCAUAUCAACAUGUGCAGCAAUUUGUAUAGUUUUCAUUUGAGAAACAAUGUUCCAUUAUAGUCAAAGUGUUAUUCAAAUAGAGGUUAGUGUUUGAGACAAACAACUACAUGGGAUAUUUCUCUCUCUGAAAAAAAAUAUUGUCUGUUGUGUUUCUUCCCGACUAGUACUUGAAACGGACUACCCAGUUGACAAGAAUCUUGACACUGCAGGGUUUAGGCAUCUUUUGUUCCUUCUUUUCAGUUGGAGUAUACUGAAAAAUUUAUGCUUUUGGUUGGUUUAGAG